AUGAUCGACUCCGACUCAGACGACUCUUUCCACAGCUUCCACGCCGAAGAUGACAACGAUCCAACACCUGCCAUUCCUCCGCCUCCACGAAAGGAAUCAGCACAGACCCACAAUACAAACGACGACAAGCCGCCCAAGAAAGUCGCAAUAGAACGUGUCCCUCCCGAAGAAGAAGCAAAACUCCUCGCCGAGAGCAACUCAAUCAAAAACUCCGGCAACUCACUCUUCGGAACCGGCAGCUACGAAAACGCCAUCCAAACCUACGACCUCGCCCUCUCCUCCUGUCCCAAUUACCUCGACUUCGAACUCGCCGUUCUGCGUUCCAACAUCGCCGCAUGCCACAUAAAACUUCAAGAAUGGAAAGAAGCGAUAGAAAGUGCCGAGAAAGGGAUAGAAAAUCUUGAGCGGUUGGAACCCCUUCCUGUAGCCAAACCAGACUCGAAGAAACAAGCCGCAGCAGGCACAGAAAUUGAAAAUGGGGUGGAAGAAGUUGACGAUGACUUGGCGGAGCGGAUGGAGAAUUUACAGAAAUCAGGGCGAUCGCUAGAUGAAGUUCGCAAACUACAGAUCAAACUCCUCCUACGACGAGCAAAAGCCAGGACAGAAAUAGGAAGCUGGUCAUCUCUCCAAGGCGCAGAUGAAGACUAUCGAACACUUCUCAGUCCUACAAUACUACCUUGUCUAUCGCCUACGGAUCGGAGGACUGUGACGGAAAGUGCGCAAAAGCUGGCACCGCGUUUGAAUAAGGCGAAGGAGAAGGAGAUGGCGGAGAUGAUGGGGAAGCUGAAAGGGUUGGGGAAUUCGAUACUCAAGCCUUUUGGACUGAGUACGGAGAAUUUUCAGUUUGUGAAGGAUGAGAAGACGGGAGGGUAUAGUAUGAAUUUUGAGCAGAAUCCGGGGAAGAAGGAGUGA